AUGGAACACCGCGUCGGCGCCGUCGUGACGAGGCUCUGUCUGACACACCGCUGGUCAGCCGGUUGGUGGUGGAACGUCGCAUCGGCAUCGCCUAGACGAGGCUCCGCCUGCUACGCCGUUGAUCAGCCGGUGGGAUGGAUCUCCGAAUUGGCACCGUCGACACGCGCCCAUCUGGUGCACCGUAGGAGACCGCAGGCUUGCGGCAAUGCCGUAAGCCAUUGGCAAAUUCGAGUCGUUCUUCCACUGCCAAAAAAACUCGUGGCCCACAGUGGAGUUCGGCCGCGCCGGCACAUCAAGCAGCCCCUAUUCAGGGGUCAGGGCACUGCUUCCUUCGGGGGGGCCUGGAAAAGCUGGCCCAAAAAUUGCUGGGGAACCACGUCGUCUGCUGGCGCACCGUGGUCGCAGACGCAAAACUCACGGUCGAAACAAUCAAAGUCGAAACAACAACAACAACCAUACUCAUUCUCCUCAUCCUACCUCUUCUACCUCUACCUCCGUCUAUUCUUCUGCCUAUUCUUCUCCUUCGUCAUCUUCUUCUCCACCUCCUUCCCAUCGCCCCACUCGUUUUCCCCAGACUGACAGGGUGAGCCCGCUCACUCUGGCAGCCUGGAAUGUUCGUUCCCUUUUAGACAAUCGAGGAGCAACCGACCGGAACGGAGGACGGCGCUAGUGGCGCGAGAACUGGCGCGCUACAAGGUGGACAUCGCCGCACUCAGCGAGACCCGAUUCUCCGAACAAGGCCAAAUGGAGGAGGUGGGUGCCGGUUACACCUUCUUCUGGAGUGGCCGACCCAGGGCAGAGCGACGAGACGCGGGCGUCGCCUUCGCCAUCCGGACCGACAUCGUGGGACGACUGCCCUGUUUGCCACAGGGCAUCAACGAUCGCCUGAUGAGCCUCCGCCUGCCUCACUGGGGAGGCAAAUUCGCCACCAUCAUCAGCGCCUACGCUCCGACGAUGACCAACCCCGACGCCGUCAGAGACAAAUUCUACGAGGAUCUGCACGCCCUCUUGGCGACUGUGUCGAAGGCGGACAAGUUGAUUGUCCUUGGUGACUUCAACGCCCGCGUCGGCACAGACCAUACUGCCUGGAGGGGAGUGCUGGGUCCCCACGGUCUCCGCGGCUCAAACGACAACGACCUGCUUCUCCUCCGCACCUGCGCAGAACACCGCCUCAUGCUGACGAACACGUUCUUCUGUCUGCCGGAGCGAGAGAAGGCCACCUGGAGGCAUCCUCGGUCGCGUCAGUGGCACCUGCUGGACUAUGUCCUCGUCCGGAGGCGAGAUCAGCGGGACGUGCUGGUGACGAAGGCGAUCGUGGGUGCUGACGGGUGGACCGACCAUCGCCUCGUCAUCUCGAAGAUGCGUAUUCGCCUACAGCCUCGCAGGAGACCAGAAGGUAAGCGACCUCCAGGUAAUCUGAAUGUUGCCUUGUUGUCUUUGCCCGCUCACCUUCUUCAUUUCAACAAUGAGCUAGCUCAACGGCUAGACAACCUUCCUAUCGCUGCCGCCGCCGCUGCCGAGAACGCCUCCGUGGAGAACCGCUGGUGUCAACUGCGUGACACAGUCCAGUCGACGGCGCUCGCCGUCCUCGGUCGCGCUCCCCGCCAACACCAGGACUGGUUCGACGACAACGACGCUGCCAUCAGAAAUCUGCUUGCCGAGAAGAACCGCCCACACAAAGCCUACGUAGAUCACCCCACUGAUACCACCAAAGCUGCCUUCUACCGCAGUCGCCGCCAACUUCAGCAACGAAUGCGCGAGAUGCAGGACGCCUGGACUGCUCGCAAAGCUGAAGAGAUCCAAGGCUACGCUGACCGCAACGAAUGGAAGAACUUCUUCUCCGCGAUCAAAGCUGUCUACGGUCCGCCGACGAAGGGCACUGCUCCUCUCCUCAGCGCCGACGGCAGCACUCUCCUGACUGAGAAGACGCAAAUCCUGCAGCGAUGGGCCGAGCACUUCCGAGGCGUCCUCAACCGCCCUUCCGUCAUCUCCGAAGCCGCCAUCGCCCGCUUGCCGCAAGUGGCGACCAACGCGGACCUCGACCUCCCGCCAUCUCUCCAGGAAACGAUUAGGGCCGUGCAGCAGCUCUCCAGCGGGAAAGCACCCGGAUCGGACGCAAUCCCUGCUGAGGUCUACAAGCACGGAGGUCCCCUACUGAUGGAUCACCUGACUGCGCUCUUCCAGGAGAUGUGGCGUCAAGGUGAAGUCCCGCAAGAUUUCAAGGACGCAACUAUCGUGCACCUAUACAAGCGCAUAGGGAAUCGCCAAGUCUGCGACAACCACCGCGGCAUCUCCCUACUGAACAUCGCCGGGAAGAUCUUCGCUCGCAUCCUGCUCAACCGCCUCAACAACCAUCUGGAACAGGGCCUUCUGCCGGAAAGCCAAUGCGGCUUCCGUCGUCAUCGUGGGACCACGGAUAUGAUCUUCGCAGCCCGCCAACUUCAGGAGAAGUGUCAGGAGAUGCGGACCCACCUGUACUCUACCUUCGUGGACCUGACCAAAGCCUUCGACACGGUGAAUCGUGAAGGACUGUGGAAGAUUAUGCAGAAAUUUGGCUGUCCGGCGCAAUUCACUCAGAUGGUGCGUCAGCUGCACGACGGUAUGAUGGCGCGAGUCACGGACAACGGAGCUCUCUCAGAGGCAUUCGCAGUGAUCAACGGAGUGAAGCAGGGCUGUGUGCUGGCGCCUACCCUCUUCAGUCUCAUGUUCUCUGCCAUGCUGAUGGACGCCUACCGCGACGAACGCCCUGGAAUCCGCAUCGCCUAUAGAACGGACGGUCAUCUCCUGAAUCGCCGGCGCAUGAACAUCCAAUCGCGUGUAUCCACAGCCACCGUGCACGAACUUCUCUUCGCCGACGACUGCGCCCUGAACACCACCUCGAAAGAGGAGAUGCAACGGAGCAUGGACCUAUUCUCCGCCGCCUGCGAGAACUUUGGGCUGGUUAUCAACACGCAGAAGACGGUGGUGAUGCAUCAGCCGCCUCCCAGCUCAGCCACAGCCCCCAACGCGCCGCAAAUCAACGUGAAUGGGACUCAACUGCAAGUGGUAGAGAACUUCCCGUACCUGGGCAGCACGCUCUCCCGCAACACCAAGAUCGACGACGAAGUCGCCAACAGGAUCUCGAAAGCCAGUCAAGCCUUCGGUCGCCUCCGAAGCACGGUUUAG